AUGACUGUCACGAAUAAGAGCUUUUCCGAAGACUGUUUGUAUUUGAACGUCUGGUCGCCGAACAACGAGAGCCCGAAGGCUGUGAUGGUUUGGAUCCACGGCGGCGCUCUGCUCGCGGGCUCGGCCUCGGAGUUCUACUACGAGGGGUCGGUUUUGGCCGCAAAGGGAAACGUUGUCGUCGUGUCCAUGAAUUACAGACUCAACGCUUUGGGCUUUCUGUACGCGGGCGCUGAUGAGGCGCCGGGCAACGUGGGUUUGUGGGAUCAGGCGCUGGCGCUGGAGUGGAUCAAAGACAACAUCCGGUACUUCGGGGGCGACGACUCGCGCAUCACUCUGUUUGGGGAGAGCGCCGGCGGGUGGAGCGUCUCUCUGCACGUGCUCUCUCCCGUCUCGCGGCACCUCUUUCAUAAUGCGAUUUUGAAUUCCGGCGCCUAUUUGUAUAAUCUCGGAGACGACAGACCCGAAGAUCACUACGGCAAAGAAUUGCUCGUGUUUCGCGGCAUUCCUUACGCCAAACCGCCGGUCGGGGACUUGCGCUUCCGGCGCCCCCUCCCCAUCGACGACUGGCCGCAGCCAAUCACAGCGCACCGCUUCGGCAGCGCGUGUCCACAGAAUGGACAGAUGUUUCACAUCGAAGACUAUUUGGAAGAAAAGAGUUUUUCGGAAAAUUGUCUUUUUCUCAACGUUUGGACCAAUUCUUUGACCGAAGCGAAGGCUGUGAUGGUUUGGAUCCACGGCGGCGGCCUUCUCGUGGGCUCGGCCUCCGAGCACUACUACCAGGGCGACGUGUUGGCCGCGAAGCAGGACGUGGUCGUCGUUUCCCUCAAUUACAGGUAUUUGGCGCUCAAUUCGAACCGCUUUUCAUUCAUUCUAUGUCUCCACAGAUUGAACGCUUUGGGCUUUCUGUACGCGGGCGCGGAGGAGGCGCCGGGCAACGUGGGUUUGUGGGAUCAGGCGCUGGCGCUGGAGUGGAUCAAAGACAACAUCCGCUACUUCGGGGGCGACGACUCGCGCAUCACUUUGUUCGGCGAGAGCGCCGGCGGGUGGAGCGUCUCUCUGCACACCAUUUCUCCCGUCUCGCGACACCUCUUCCACAACGCGAUCGUCAACUCCGGCGCCCAUUUGUACGACUAUUCGGGAGACUCGCCGUCGGAUCACGUGACGCGGUGGCUGAGAGGGGCGGCGACUGUGGGCUGCGUUGACGCCGAGAGCGACGGCAGGUUUACCAGAAAAAUAAUGGAGUGUUUGCGAGGAGUGGACGCGCGCCGUCUGGUGGCCAUCACCGACGACACGGAUCUGAUGAUCGGUUCCGUCAAAGUGUUCAAUUUGGUGGUAAUUGACGGCAAAUUUCUGCCCAAAAGACCGAAAGAAAUGCUCGAAGAGAAGGACUUCAAGCGAAACGUCAAUCUCUUGGUGUCCACUGUGGAGGACGAGGGUUCGUUCCUCUUGACGUGGUUGACGGAUCCCGACAAGUUCCACGCCACGAAUCCCAAGAACUUCACUCUCGAGGAAGCGAAACAAGAGUUGACAGAAAUUGCGGACAAUUUGUGUUCAAAAAAGCGCGUAAACGGCGAAGACGUCGCGAAACUCUAUUUCUCGGGUUUUUCCGACCGAAACUCUUCGGACGCGAUUCGGCGCCAAUUGGGAAUCGCUGUCGGCGACUACUACCUCUCGUGUCCCACUCUGGAGUUCGCGAGACGCGCGUUCAUUGGCGGCGCCCGCGUCUGGCAAUACCUGUUCAACAGCAAACUUUCAGUGAACUUCUUCUGCUCGCAAUGGAUGGGCGUCUGUCACACGAACGACAUCUUCCCGAUGUUCGGCAACCCUUUCAUCGAUCCCGAGGAGUAUUGCGCGCGCGAGAGAGAGAUCUCGGAGCAAAUGAUGCACUUUUUGGCGCAUUUCGCGAAACACGGAUCACCGCCGGAACAGUCGGGCGUCAAAUGGGAAGAGUAUUGGCGAAUAGGAGAAGAGAUAAUCGCUCCGUAUCUCGAGAUCACGAACAAUGGCAACGAAUUCAAAACGGGGUUAAAAGCGAAUGAAUGCCAAAAGCUUUGGAACCGAUAUUUAAUUGGAAAUGAAAGUCAAAACGAUUAA